AUGUCUGCCCCCAUCUCCCAGGCCCUAUGGGAUGCCCGGAUACCACUGCUCAUCACCCACCCACUAGCGCCCACCACGCCCUUCAUCACCAGCAUCCCGCGCUUUUCGUAUCUCGCGCUGCUGCUGCCGCGCCUGUCCGCAUUCUUCAACACGCCCUGCUCCAGCUUCCAUUUCGAAGAUGUCGUGCUGCGGAAUCUCCCCGUGGGACUGCUGGUCGACCUGUACCAGCCGUCGCUGCCGUGGCGGCUGAUUGUCAAUGACGGCGUGAGCUGGGACAUUUCCGACACGUUUCUCAACGCAGCAAAAGAGGCAGACUUUAUCCGCAACGGCAACGCCAACCAAAUCAUGAAACUGUCAAAGGACGACACCAGACAGCUCUGGCACGCCGUCAUUGAUAAUGACUUGGCCGCCUUUUCCCGCAUCAAUAACCGCCUUCUCAACGCCCCCACGGCCCUCAAGCAUGUCCCCAUGCGCAUCUACUUGCCCCUCGCGCCGGGAGGCAGCGCAGGCGGCGACGUCGGAGAGCCGACAGUGGAUCAGCAACAGGGCGGCGGCGACGCCUCAGCGGCGGGCGCCUUCAAGAUUAUCCAGUCUCUUGUGCAGCCACUCGGUGCUGAUCGAAGGCCGAGACUUCUGGGUCAGGUGCUGAGGGAAACGAUGCCGAAGCUAUUCCCGAGCAGCAGGGAUCCCGUCAUGGCAAAUGUUCUUCUACACGGAGUUGCGGUGCCGUUUAAUGCCCCGCUGGCGGAUCUCAUGAGAGAAGCAGCCUAUUUUGAUGGUUGGCUUAGUUUUGUUGUUGUGGUCCUGUAA